AAGCCUAUUUUAGCAAAUUAAAACUGUUUGACUAUAUUAAAAUAUUUUACUGUUCUUCUCUUGUCAAUUAAACUUGACCAAGAGUAGUUUAGAUCAAACUGCGCUUACCGAAGAUCAUCCAAAGUUUCAAUUAUAUUCAAUUUUGCGAUUGAACUAUGGACGACUCUAAACCAAACAUUCAAGGAAAAAAAGAUGAGAAAGCUGUAUUUGGUCAGGAAUACGGAAUAUAUAAGAUUUCUUCCAAAGGAGGUAUGCCUUGUAAUCAAUCUCCAUAUCCUUAUCCUCAACCAGUGUUAGCUCAACCUUUGUCAACAACUAUGAAUAAUCAGAUUUAUGGGCAGCAGCCUAAUCAUUUGAUAACUCAUAAACCACCGGUUCGUGAUACAAUGAUAUUGAGCAUUUGUUCUAUGCUAUUCUGUAUCUGUAUUGGUUUAGCAUCAUUGGUUAAGAGUAUACAGAGUAGAAAAGCAAGAGAUAGAGGUCGAGUUGAUGAAGCAAAUAAAAAGGCAUUAUGCGCUAGAAAAUUUGCAUUUGCAGCCAUAAUUACAGGCUUAUGCUUUGCUUUUGUUAGCAUUGUAACAAGAAUAAUUCUAACAAUUAUGGCAGUUCAAUAAUUGUUUGUUUUUUGUUCAAAAUACUUGAAAGAUUUUUCUCAGAAGAUGUAAAUUCUCCAAAGUUAAUAAAAGCAAACUGCUAGUUAAUACAUAA